AUGGAAGUCGAACCGAAAUAUACGUUUGUGCCUCUUGCCCAAAAGAAUUACGUAGGAAUUAAUAACAAAACAACGCAAAAUUUACUUUCGAAAUGGGGGAUAAAUGGAAACUUUGUUAUUCAACAUUUUUCAUUCAAUGAACCUUUUCAGCAGUAUCAUAAAUAUCAUCUGGCAGAUGCAUUCUUUAAAGAGAAUAGUGUUGCAAACGAAUUGAUAAUAAAGCAAGGAAACUGUUGGGUAAAACAAGGUAUGACAGCAUCAAUUGUAGACAUAAAGCCUGUGGCUUGUUCUGUUUUGAGCAUGUCUUUUUUUGAUAAACUAAAAGAUCCAAAAAAUGGAAUUGUUUACAAAUCUGGGACUAUUUGUAAGAGAUAUGAUAUGGAAAUUGAAAAUUUUCUAAUUUCUGAUCGCCUUAGAGGAAUGUUACUUGAUGAGGAAUGUCCAGAAUAUAAUUUAUAUUCAAAAGAUGACAGAGACGAAUUCAUAUUUCGUAUUUUUCAAAUGCUUGUUCUUGGAGGAACGCUGUGUCAAUAUGAAGACAUAUUAGAUCCAUAUUUGGAUAUUACCAAAACUAUUUAUAAAGAUUUAAUAAGAGUGCAGAAACAAAAUGAUUCGGAUUUAUCAGUUAGCACAUUAGCUUUGCAAGUAGUUGCCAAAGAUGAUAGAGCACAAGCUUAUUUCCCAUAUAAUCCAUCGCACAUACAAAAUAUUGGAUUUUUAUUAGUGGAUACCAUUGCUCAUGAAAUUACAACAUUCUUACAUCAAUUUGGAGAAUAUAGUCUAUCUGGGGCAAUAUAA